AAUUGACCAAUCACAAACGUCUACGUCUGUGUAGAGAGAGAUUUGACAUUCUGCAAAGUAACAAAGUAAGGUAAACAUAUGAGGAUUUGUUAGUUUAAUUUUUAAUUUAAAAGUAACAAGAUAUAAGACAAACAUUUACUAUAUUAGAAACUUGUCAACGUCACCGGCUUUUUGCUUUGUGAGAACUUCAACAUUCUAGAAGUAUUUAUAGCGGUAGAUAAUCAACAAAAUAUAAAAUGAAGAUAAAAGGACUUUUGUGUCUUUUGCUGUCGGUGGCUGUGCCAUCUGUUUGGGGUUUUUACUCAUCCGGCGAUGCUGUCGUUGAAUUGACUCCCACUAAUUUUGAUCGUCUCGUUAUUCAAGACGAUGCAAUUUGGGUGGUUGAAUUCUACGCCAACUGGUGUGGACAUUGUCAAAGUUUGGCUCCUGAAUAUAAGAAGUUGGCUAAAGCAUUGAAGGGCGUUAUCAAAGUUGGUGCUGUUGAUGCAGAUGAGCAUAAAUCGUUGGGCGGUCAAUAUGGCGUACGGGGUUUCCCAACAAUUAAGAUUUUCGGUGCAAACAAACGCUCACCCACAGACUACAAUGGCCAGCGCACAGCUAAAGCUAUUGCAGAGGCGGCUAUGGCUGAAGCCAAGAAAAAAGUACAAGCUGCUUUCGGUGGCGGUAGCAGCGGCGGCAGCUCUUCUAGCGGUGAAGAUGGAGGCAGCGGUGAUGUAAUUGUAUUGACUGACGACAACUUUGACAAAUUGGUGUUGCAAUCCGAAGAUGAUUGGUUAGUUGAAUUCUUUGCUCCAUGGUGCGGCCAUUGCAAGAAUUUGGCUCCCGAAUGGGCCAGAGCUGCCACAGAGUUGAAGGGCAAAGUCAAGUUGGGUGCCUUAGAUGCUACGGUUCACCAGAGCAAGGCUGCAGAAUAUGGUGUUAGAGGUUAUCCCACAAUCAAAUAUUUCCCAGCUGGCAAGAAAUCCUCUUCAGAUGCUCAAGAAUAUGAUGGUGGCCGUACUUCUUCGGACAUUGUUACAUGGGCUUUGGACAAGCACGCUGCUAACGUUCCACCUCCAGAACUGGUCGAGAUCAUUGAUGAAACUUCAUUUGAUUCUGCUUGUGAAGGCAAGCCAUUGUGCGUUAUCUCCGUGUUGCCCCACAUUCUUGACUGUGACGCCAAAUGCCGUAAUAAGUUCUUGUCAACCCUUCGUGAGUUGGGCGAAAAAUUCAAACAAAAAGCCUGGGGCUGGGGAUGGGCUGAAGCAGUGGCUCAACCUGAAUUGGAAUCCGCAUUGGAGAUUGGUGGUUUCGGUUAUCCUGCCAUGGCUGUUGUUAAUUUCAAGAAAAUGAAAUUCUCUGUACUAAAAGGUUCCUUCUCCAAGGAUGGCAUUAAUGAAUUCUUGCGUGAUAUUUCCUUUGGCCGUGGUCAAACGGCGCCAGUUAAGGGAGCUAAAAAACCUGCCAUUAACACUGUACCUGCCUGGGAUGGUAAAGAUGGUCAACUACCCGAAGAAGAGGAAAUUGAUCUUUCCGAUGUUGAUUUGGAUGAUAUUAAAGACGAAUUGUAAAGGGGUUUAAUUACAUUCUAAGUACAAGAACAACAAAAUUCCACCAACAACUUCUUCCUCAUUUCAUAUUGUAUUUUACAACCAAAUCACUUAAUUCUUUUUCAUAAGACUGUCAUUAAUUUCAUAGAUUAUUUUUUUAUAAAAAACAACAACUAAAUAUAAUUUAAUUAAAUAAAAGAAAUAUUAGUAAA